GUUUUGGAGUACAAGUCGGACCUGAAGCAGUACUGGAAGCGGUCUCACGGUCACGCCAUCAGCGGUCUGUCCAGCUGUCCCCUGUUCCAUCACGUCUUCAGGACGCUGGACAAGGCCGGGCGUCCCCGCAGGUCCACGGAUGUCCCCCCUGAGCCGGCCUCCGUCCUGAUUGGCCACGCCGAGACGCUCCUCCCCCUCCUGUCCCUGCUGGGUCUGUACAAGGACCAGACCCCCCCCACGGCCGACAACUACCACACACAGCACGGAAGAAGUUUCCGUACCAGUCUCAUCGUCCCGUACGCCGCCAACCUGCUGUUCGUGCUGUACGACUGCCAGCGCGGCCCGCGGCUGCAGCUGCUCGUCAACGAGUCGCCGGUUCGAUUCCCGGGGCUGGAGACGGAGGACGCGCCGCUGUACCGGGACGUCCGGGCCACGUACCGCCACCUGCUGGACGGCUGCGACUUCCACCGGGAGUGCGAGGGGCGGCCGGCGAGCCGCGCACCCAACACCGAACUUUGAACGGAGCAGCAGUUACCUUGGUAACACUGGCAGGUGCCAUGGCAACACUGGACUCACUGCAAAGGUCCUCUGAGUUAGCAGCUAACGCUAGCGCUAGCUUCUAACUAGCUUAGGUUGACAAGGUGCUACCACACACACACACACAGACACACACACAGACACACACACACAAACCCACACACACACACACAAACACACACACAUACAGACACACACACACAAACAUACACACAUACACACACACAUACA